CGAAUCCGAAACAAACGUGGACGUGACCAAUUGGACGUGACGGACAGCAACGUGCAUCAGAUUGUGAGAUUUCUGUGUUGGUUGAAGCAUGCUUGUUGAGUUGCAUUACCGCACGGGUUGGUCGAAGUGUCUGCUGCACUACUGCCCUUUCGGAGGAUCAUGGGAGGACGCAAUCAUGGAGGUGACGAGCAGAAACAGGACGGCCACGACACCAUCUCGCAUCAGCGUCUCAUUGUGUCUGGUCUGCAUGUGCAUGUGCGUCUGUGUGGUGCAGGCAGACAAGCAGGGGUGGGUGAAGGCCCGUGUGGAGCUUAGUGGAGGCGGCAUGGAAUUCGUAUUGCACAACGGACAAGGCGCAUGGGACAACCCACCACCCUGGUGCACAGAACCAACGCGCACCAGUCGAAGAUACAACAUUCUGUCUUGGCUCUCUGUGAACGUCUGCGUGCAGGUAUGGCCACCCGAACUAUCGGCUCGAUCUGCCGUCCCCCCUUCCCCCGGCCCCUCUGAAAGUCACGGUGAUGAAUGGGCGCGUCUGUCUGCUCGACGGGCCUCGCGUGUUGGUGGCCACCGACCUUGACGGCACACUUGUGGGCCACGAUGACUACCUCGAGGCAUUCAAGGAGCACUGGACGGCCUACCACGCAUGCAGAGGAUCCAUCCUGGUGAGGGCCACAGAGGCAAAGCACGUGCAUGCAUCAACGGGGAGAUCAUCCCUCGCUCUUUUUUCCGCUUCGGCAGGUGUAUUCGACUGGCCGGAACUUGAAGGACUUUCUUCGCGUGGCGUGUGAGAAGAAGCUGCUUCGCCCCGACUAUGUGGUGUGCGGCGUGGGGACUGAGAUCUACACCUUUCCCGACUCGCUCCCGCCCGAGGUGGGCACCGCUCGGCUGCCGCAGCACCUGGCUGCUCUGGCGAGCAAACACCAGAAGGAGGGCAAGCCGCCACUGGAGGAAUUCGACCGUAAGCACGAUAGAAAGAAAGAAGAAGGAAUACGUGUGGACGUGCAUUCUGUCCUGUUCCUUGGUGUUGCCAGCCACUGUGCAGGAUGGCGACAUUUGCUAUCCGUCGUGGUGUCAGUCGCGUGCUGGAGCUGUGUUCGAUGAGGAGUGGCUGAGCAAGAUGGUCGAUGAAUUUGACCGACCCGCCGUCAUUGACGACAUACACGUACGCACAGAGGGCAUGUCGGGGCGGGGCUAUGGCAGCCAUAAUUUGCUUGGCUCGUUUCCUUCAGUCGAAGUUUUCCUGGCUGGAUCCGAAGGGCAAUCUGUAUCAUGACCCUUUCCGCGUGUCGGCCAUGGCCAAGGCGGACGACGUCUACACUGACGGACACAUUGACGUGAGAAACGAAGGGACAUAUCUGCUGUGUUGCAUUUCAUGCGUCCAUGGAUGUGAUGUGUGGUGUAUGCAGUCGUUGCGUCAUCACUUCAAGGGCUGCCACAUCAUCGUCAGCGGCGGGGGCGAGUUCAGGUACUCAGACAGACAGACUCACACAGACAGAGACGGGCCGUCUCUUCCUAUCGCGUGUCGUUGGGAUCUGUGCCAUGUGGGUGUGUUGCAGGUAUGUUGACGUGACGCCUCACUCGGCCGGCAAGCUGCGGUCGCUCCUCUACUUGAUGGAGAAGCUGUCGUUCGGCCCUCGAGAGGUGCGCACGGCAAAAGCAGCACACAUCAGCAGACACAUUGUAUCGCUUCAUGUGUGCAGACAUUGGUGUGCGGCGAUUCGGGCAAUGACCUCUUUAUGUUCCUGCACCCCGACAUCCGCGGCUGCUGCGUCGCCAACUCACAGCCAGACAUGAUCGCAUUCCUCAAGGUUGGCAGCACACAACAAAACGCAUAGCCAGAGGGCAGCGAGCCACACACAUCAGGGAUGCAUGCCUCCUCAACGUAGGGCGACGCCGAGGAGAUGGCCAAGCACCCGCACCUGCAGAACCUGCACGCCCACCACCACGCCCCGCCGCCUCCCUCCAACCCGUCGGCGUCCACCAAGGCCACACCCUCAUCGAGCGUCCAAGGCGGCGCAUCGCCCACCCACAACGACCCAUCACUAGAGCCCGAGGCCGAGACCAUGACUGAGGAGGACCGACGGGGGAACAAUGCCGCGGCCGCCGAAGACGACACCGAGGAAGAGGACACGCCAGACCCACACAAGAAAUCACAGCAUGUACGUGUGUGCGGAGAAUGGGGAUGGGGCACGGAGGGAUGGCGGCGUGUCCGUCUGUCUGUCGUAUCAAUCAGGUGUGUUUUGCGAGUCGCGAUUGCGCUGGUGGCAUCUUGGAGUCGCUGGUUCACCACGGAUUCGACAAGGCCGAGAAUGUCCGCUUUGCCUACUAGCCGAAUGAAUGCUGCCGUGGUGCGAAUGUGUAGGCAGGCUGAUGUGGCUGGUCCACGAGAUUGUUG